GACACCUAAGUGCGCGCCAAUCGACUACGCCGUCAGUAGUCAGAGUCAGCAGUAGUCGAACAGAACGCCGGGAAGAUGAACUAUCUGAGAAGCGUGACCCCGCUGCUGCUCCUGGCAGUCCUGGCACGUGUUCAGGGUCUUACGAUUCACAAUGCGCCCACUUUACUCACUGGCGCACCGCCGUGUCCAAGCCCUUACGGGGUUCACGCUUACGCGCAUCCCGAAGACUGCGGUGCCUUCUUUCUGUGCACAAACGGCAGUCUGACUUUUGAAUAUUGCGAGAACGGACUUCUAUUCGACGGACACGGCAACAUCUACAAUCAUUGCAAUUACAACUGGGCCGUCGACUGCGGAAAUCGCAAAGCCGACUACACGCCGAUCAGCAGCCCGGGCUGCGAGUAUCAGUUCGGUAUGUAUCCGGAGAGCGACAGUUGCAGCACCACUUACGUCAAAUGCAUUCACGGCGAACCUCAUCAAGCUCACUGCGACCCCGGUCUGGUCUACAACGCCAAGACUCACACCUGCGUCUGGCCGGACGAGCUUAUUCCCUUUUGCAAUCCCGAGGCCAUAGUGGGUUUCAAGUGCCCGCACAAACUGCCCCCCAACAGCCCCGCCACCAAGUUCUGGCCCUACCCGAGAUUCCCUGUGCCAGGUGACUGCGGCAGACUGAUCACCUGUGUCGACGGUCAUCCGCGACUUCUCACCUGCGGAGAUGGAAAACUCUUCGACUCAGUGAGUCUGACCUGUCUAGAUCCUGACGAAGUUCCUCACUGCUCUAAUGGCGUUUAAGAAUAAAGCACGUUCCUUUUUGAAAGUUUGAUCUUCCGACAUUCUCAAUCAACGAAACAACCAACGAAAAUCAACAACAAAAAACGUUCGAUAACAAAUAAAAUUUCAGCGAAAAGGUGUAACAAUGUAAUCUUAAAAUUAAAAAAAAAAACGAUAAUGUGCAAAACCAUUACAAAUACAUAAUUAUGUUGUACAUAAAAAAAUUGAGCAUUGAAACUAUCACAAGACAAGAAAUAAAAAUUGUAAAAAUUAAGAAAAACGAGAAAAUUGUAAUAAAUAACAAAAGAAUUUAUACAAAAAAAAAAAAGAACUAAAAAAGAAACCUGCAAGAAGAAAAUUAAAACAUUAAUCGAAUAUAUGCGAAAAGGUGAAAAAAUGCUAUCUUCUAUUUUGGUUCGGCGCUGAAGAUAGAAAAACAAACGGGGGACAGUUAAUAAUUGUAAAUUAUUAUCAAUAAAUGUGUUUAAAAGAGAGAGUAAUUGCAUGUAACGCGCGUGAAGAAUGAGUACGGUGUAUGUAGUACAUAUUAUGUAUAUUUAUAUAUAGUACGAUAUAUGUAAUACAUAUAUGAAUGUAUUUAUGAUAAAUAGAAUAACAAUGUACAGCCAGGCAACAUUGAAUAAAAUCUGGACAUGCGUAUAAAAAAUAUACAACGUACAGUUUAUUCCAAUCGAUCUACAUGUACACGAUACGAACCUUAACGAUUACGAGAAGAGAGAAGAGAUAGAAGGAAUUAUUUACAUCUCGACCAAUGAGACGACGGAGACGAGAAUAGAGAGACGUGAACGGUCCUGAGAAACUGAAAAACAACUGUGAGAGAUGUUCGCGAUUAACAUUUAUCAAUUGAUAAAUACGUGAGAAUACGUGAGUCUCCGUUCUCGGGAGGGGGAAAAAAGCUCGAUCGGGGUCACAAUAAUACAAAUGGAUCAAUAGAUCAAUACCGAUCAAUAAAUGGGAUAUCGAUCGAUAUGGAUCAAUGGAUCGAUAGAUCGACAAGUCUCGGUCCUUGGAAAUGUGUUCAAUCAACUCUUCGAAAUUCUUUUUUCAUAUUUUUAUAGACUAUAACGAUCGUUUUUGUUUCAAACACAAUUCCUGCAUUUACGUGUCGUCUUCUAUCAACUUUGUGUGAUUUUAGUUGUAACAUAACUUUAUCAACGGUGCUUAAAAUUUUCAUUACAAUCAACACUUCUAAACUUCAAUAAAAAAAAAAAAAAA